AUGACUGUUGGAAUACGACAGGACUUACCAGAAUUCCAUGAGGGUGGUUUGCUGGAAAUAAGUCGUUUAAAGGAUUCUUUGAUAGCGCACAAGCCAUGCGACAUAGUGGUAAGUGGUAGAUGCCCAUUGCUAGAGAGCUCUUUGACUCCAAUCAUGGAUGCUUUGAAAAAUGCGUCCGGGUUGGGUGACUAUAGAGUAACGGCUUGUGAUGCCAUGUCUAUAUGGUUGUUGAGAGCUUCACAAGUCUGCUCCACUCCGGAGCUGAGGAGUGUACUAUCAACUAGACUCAAUGACGAAGAAGCUACCUACCUUUUCCACUAUGUGGUUGAUUUCUGGAACGAUUCCGGAGCACCAUUAGGGAACUCGUUACGAGGAGUGUUUGCCAAGCUGAUUGUGUUCAUGAAAAAAGCACACGGUAAUAAGGAGGAACUCUUCGAGUCGUGGUUAUUGAAAGUUCUCAAGAUGUCAAAUACCAUGAAGAUUCUUUAUUUUAUGGUCGAAAACUUGUCCAAGGAGACGAGACCUUCUUUCGUGCUCGAAAUUUCUGGUGAUUUUGUGGAUUCUGCCUUGGCAGCGAUGUGGUCGAACGCUCUCGCGAAUCCUGCCGGUAAAGCCAUCCAAACUGUAUUCAAGAACAUCUACAAUCAUUUCAAACGUGGGGAGGAAAGCCCUGACGAAAAAUGGCUCCAAUUGUGGAAAAAAUCUGUUGCGAGGGCUCUUAAAGAUUCCCAGCUUAGAAAGAAUGUUGAGACUUAUUUGCUUCCAUAUCUAUUCAGAACCUCGCCUAUUGCAUACAGAGGGUUUGUCAAGUCCUUGAUGGUUGACGAGUGUGCAGCAACUCAAGAGGACUUUUUGCUUGUUCUAGGAUGCCUCAAGAUUGGUCAGGACUUGGCAAUCCUAGUUGAACCUUUUGUGCCAGCUGAAAAUGAACCCGCUGUGAUUUCGUUGUCUACACUGGAGUCGUUACUCGGUGCCCAGGAUCCUCAAUUGAAGCUUUCUGCCUUAUCCCUAUUGGUGUCAUCUCCUAAAGGCUCCAAAUCUAUUGUUCCAGAGGUUUUGGUUAUCGUUGAAAAUCACUGGGAGAUGUUGUUUGUUGAAACUGACUUGGAGGCAAGGAAUGAACUGUUCUCAUUGAUGAGACAGUUCUUGAUCAGAAUCAAAGACUCGGCAUAUUCACUAAAGAGGGAUGCCUCCAAGUUAUUAGCCAAGUUCCCAAAUAAUCAGGAAGGCUUCCAAAAACUCGAACUGGUGAAAAUAUACGAACAAUUCAUUGAGAAUCUGUUACUAUUUAUCUCAAGACAAUUGCUGCCAAGCUCUUCUCACCAGAAGAUUAACAUGGGAUUGAAGGUGUUGACUGUGCUGAUACGUUCAGGCCUUGAUCCCAAUGUGAACAAGAAUUCUGUUGAUGUCCAGCAAAUUAACUGGCCCUUUUCCAUGCCGAUUUUCUCCGAUUACAUGGUCAGAUUGCUACUAGACAAUAUCUUGAACGACUACGAUGAUAUUAGACAGUCUGCUGUUCAGACUUUGCUUAUGGCUGAUCUGCCUUAUUUGAGAGAAGUAUCAUCCAAGACCACAAUGAAAGAAGCCGAGCAGAAAGGAUUGCAACUGCUGACAGACAUGAAGGGUCGUACUGGGGAUAGUGGUGCUCUUAUAGUGGACCUUUUGUUUGAAAUUGAGUACCGAGCAGAUGACCUAGAUAGUUGUCUGAGACGUCUGGAAGCAGUUAGAGAUCUAUUGAUCAGUGGCAUCCUUUUGGCAAAGGAGAACAUGGUUGAGGCUGUUUAUCAAAAGAACGUUCACGGCUAUUUUUCUGCCUUGAGAUUAGUCUUUGCUAAGCUGGACUAUACCCGUUUUUCAGAGUUUGGCUCUCAGAGAUUUCAACACCUCACAGACUCACUGAUAAAUUCUCUUUUUGAGAUAUGGACAAUUGUGAAGCCAAUUUUAUCGGACGAUUCCCCGGAAGGAAACUUGCCUGCUGAGUUUCUUCCUUUGCUUGGCUCUGAGGCAGAAAAUAAGUACGGUCCUCCUACUCAAAUUUUGUCGAGUUACUCUUGGAGAGCAGUCAAAGAAUCGUCCGCAUUUCUGAAGGAACUAAUGGAUAAAGCACCAAGUUAUGUUCUCUCAGAGGAUAUGGUGGUGAAGCUAGGAUACAUGAUUAUGGAGCAACUAGCAUCUGUGAAGCACAGAGGGGCGUUUUCCUCAGUGUAUCCUACCUUAAUAUCGUGCUGUGAGAGAUGCAACCGUUCUAAUUCAGAUUUGAGCCAGCAACCCGGUUUGUGGUUGCGCAAGAACACCUCUUUAAUCGAGAUGAAAUCUCAGUCUAUCACCAGGAGAUCGGGCGGCAUACCGUUCUUGAUAACGGCAAUUCUAACUGCUGACCAGAUCCUUCCGAAGUCAACUUCACUGGAUGUCACUAUGACGGAGCUCUUGAGAAUAUCCAGAGUCCCUUAUGUGGACCAUGGUAAUGAACGCAUGGAUAUUCCACAGGUACACGGCAUGAACUGCAUCAAGGCUAUAUUUACAGAGUCACAGCUCGCAGAUGCUUCUGCUCAAUUUGUUGAUGAGGCAUUGGAUUUGGUGUUGUCAAAGUUUGGUUCUCCGACUUGGUCAAUCAGAAAUUGCGCAGUUAUGUUGUUUACUGCAUUGCAGAACAGAUUGUUCGGCACAAAGAAUGUGGCUGAAGGCCUUUCGUCUAUUUCUGCCCGACUUUUCUUUUCAAGAUUUAAGAAUGUCAAACAGGUUCUUCACGAUAAUCUCGCCUCUUCAAUUUCCAAGGGACUUGAAAAGACUGAGAAUAUUGAGACUGUUUUCCCUAUUCUGACCAUCAUUUCCAGACUAGAAGCCACUCCGGGUUAUCAUGGACUGGAUGAUUUCAAGCCCCUACUGCAACAAUGUCUGCAGAACAGAGACUGGAAAGUCAGAGAGAAUGCUGCUCGGGCUUUACCUGCACUUGUUUCGCAAGAUGAUCUUACCAGUGAGUGUGAGUUUCUUCUGAAAACGGAUUCGUCAAAGCAGAAUAAGCUUCAUGGGUCGUUACUUGCUCUGAAAGAGCUGCUUCGCACUCACUUCAACAGAAACGGGGACCAAAAAUCUGUUAACAAUAUCAAACAAAAUGUUGAGAGCCGUAUUUUGUUUUACUUUGGAAAGUCAGGUUCUGCGAGUAAUGUUUCCAUGAAAUGCUUGCUUGAUACAUACGUAUUACUGUUGAGUAAGAGCGAGCAUACAAAGACUGCAGACCCAGCCAUUAUCCAGUGUCUUGGGAAUUGGUUCGUGAAUGAGGUCCUAACAGGUGCCAACGGAAUUGAUGGUACAAGAGCUUCGUUGAUGAUGGAAGUCAUCUCGUUGCUAUUGCGCUUUUACAUUCAUCUCUCUAGACAUGAAGAAAUUAUAGAGUGUGUAGACCUCUGUUUGGCGUCGCCGCUCUUUGAAGUUCAAACCAGGACUAUAGAAAUCGUUUCAGAGAAAGUCGCGGAAUUCACACCAGCAGAAAGAAGUUCAAUCAUGAAAAGAACCUGGGCAUUGAUCACGGAUCACGAAACAUGGAUCUAUGUCAAGUCGGCAGCAUUGAGACUGCUUAAUUUGCUGUUGCUUCAUAGUGAUCUGAACGUCAUUGACGAUAUCCUUCAGAAUGGCACGGCUGUUUUGCUGGAAUUAUUAUCUGAAGACCACAGUGAGGAAGUACGUUCCAGCUCGAUAGAAGCUUUGGGACCUUUGAUUGCUUGUGGUUUGGUGGAGAACAAGCUGGUUGGAUAUGAUGCCUGGGCAAGCAACUUGAAGAAUUACAGUCGUGAUGGAGCGUCGCUGGAUCUGAGGGCAUCAACAUUGAAAUCUGUUGUGUCUUUCCUGCAGAUUGUUGGGUCGCAUGAAAAACUGAAAUCUUCAUAUGAUUUGGCUAAGUCUGCGUCCGUUCUUUAUAGCUUUUUGUCUGAUGAUGAUGAAGAUCUGAGGCACGCCGCUGCCACAGAGUUAUCACGCUUAAUGGGUCUCAGUUUUCCCACAGAGCCUACAAUAGUGGCAGACUAUUUCAGAAACAUUUAUCUGAGUCAACAGUUUGAAAAAAGAGAUGUGGCAAAAUUGUUGGCACUUAAUUCCUACUGUUUCUACCAGGUCGACCCCUCAACUUUGCCUGAGCUUGUCCUCCUUGAAGAUGACAACUUGUUUACUGUGGAGAAGGAUAACUUCUACCGAGACAAUCUCUCUGAUGUCAAGAACUACAAGAAACUGCUUCUGCAUUUCAAGCAAGAAUUUUCCUCUGAAGAAUUGACAACUAUCGCAACGUGUACAUCUGUGGGCGCCCUUGGGGGUGCCAUAAGGCAAUCCAAGUUCGCUCAGCCGGAGUGGGGAUUCGUGAAUGAUGAAACCGUUUUCACAGCUGCAGCAUGUAUUAUAUUUUUUCAGAAACUUCAAUUUGAAGUCUUUGGUGAGCAAUCUGAUUCUGAGAACUUGAUCGAUUUCUUGUCAGCAUAUGCUCAGUCUUUAGAAUGA